GGGUGUGGCCGGGCCGUGAGGAUACACGCCCGGUGCUGAGUUGCCUAAUCGGGGAGGGAGAUACGGGAAGAGCCAGGGAUGCCAAAGAGAGAGAGGAGAGAGAGAGAAAAGGAACGCUCAUCUUCGGCCUCGGCAGACACGCUGCCCACCUGAUUCUCAUCCGCUCCUCCGCCCCCUGGCGGACGACAGCCACUCAUCCUUUCCCUGGCGGAUGGCAACGACUCCUCCCUCCCUUGGUGGAUGGCAACGGCUCCUUCUUCUCCUGGCAGAUGGCAGCAUCUCCUCUGCUUCCGGCAGACGGCAGUGGUAUGAGCCAUGAACCAAAGUCCUCAUUAGCAGGAAUGAUCUCGACCGCACCAUGCGCCAUGGCCACUGUAAGCCCCAUGACUCCCUCAUCCUUCAGCGGAGCAAUGGUAGCCAAUGAAAGCCCGGCAUCACAGUCUGCACACUCCGGAUUUGCUGCUGCUCUCCGCAAACUAGCCAAACAAGCCGAAGAGCCGAAAGGUUCUAUCAGUAGUGAGUCAUCACAUGUGUCUUCCCCAGUGACCAGUCACAUUUCUCCGGUCAGUACGCCUAAGCGGGUUGCCCUGGGUACCAGCCUGGGCCCGCCCACAGGCACCACACCUGUUGUCACCAUCGCCCCGACUAAAACAGUCAAUGGUUUCUGGCGGGAUGAAGGACAUCAGGCCGAUGCAGGGUUGAGAGGGUCCAGUCAAGAGUGUUUGCAUUCAGAUCGCCCUCUACCAGCUCAGGAGAAGACCUCCCUCACUCUCCCACAAUUCCUUGGGGCGGCCCACCCUUUCAGCUUGACCCAGAGUGCUCUAAUGCAAGACCCUCGUCUUCAAACUCACCUGUCUCGGCAGGUACCUCACAUGCUGCUAGCAGGGGCUCAGGAGGCGUAUCUGCAUGAUGGGUUUCGUCCGUACGUGUCCUCUGAGGAGUUACGAAUGCCUUUACUUCCUUUCGGGCUCAGCCCAGGAGCUGCAGCGGAUGCUCUUGUAUACCUCCAGUCAGGAAACCUGCCCUACCACUCUCUGGCUUCAUACAGGAUGGAAGACUACUACAGUCUGUCUGCCCACCGCUCACCUUACUAUCAGCGUCCAGAAGGGGGCACCCUACCAUCCCUCCACCGCUCUGCUGUUCACCUGCCCAUGCCGAGCGCCUUUUACCCCACCGACAUCGCACACCAGUCACUGUCAGCUCUGCACUCUGAGAGGCUGCAGAUGGAAGAGAAACUUCGCCAGCAGGGGCGGGAAAGAGAACGAGAGAAAGAGAGGACACGUGAAAUUGAACGAGAGAGUAAGUGGGAACAAGAGGUGCACAUGGAGAAAGAGCGAGAGCAGGAGAGUGACAUUAAGAAAGAGCGGGUGAGAGAGAUCCAGGCGGUCAAAGUGAUGGAGAAACGCCAUCUGAGCCACGAGCCCACCGUAAACCAACACUUGAUCUCCCACACUAACUCACAAUCAUUUACACACCGGCAGCUAAUGAAGGACAGAGCCAAGCUGGAGGACAGACUUGCUACUAACAGACCGGACAAAACCAAAGAAACGUCACUGCUCAAGCUUCAGUCUGGUCCAUAUCUAUCCUCAGGAGAUUCUUCCAUCUCAAACACGUCUUCAGGGGUCCAGUUUGGCCCAGGUUCUAGAAAGUCCCACAGGCCCCUGGUUACUCCCAUGAUGCUCCAUGGGCAGGAAGAAGACGAUAGAUCGCUGGCGAGACAGAGAGUUCCAAAGAUGGAGAAAGUGGAUAGACAAGGUCAGGCAUCAUUCGAAAAUCAACACCAAGUUCAAGGGAAGCACCUAGAUCUCAGUCGAGCCACAAAACCAACAGAACCACAAAGGGAUAUGCAGAGGUACAAUGCACACCAUAAGGACGUGGGUGUCAGAGACCUGCCUCAACCCUUGAGAGCACCGCCUCCUCUCAUAUCCCCUAAAUUGCUGCCCCGAGACCACCACUCAUCCUCUCCCACUCCCAGCACUCUUUGGAACCCUGUUUCCCUCCUCAACACCCCAUCUGAUCGACCUCUAUCUCAUAUACAUCCUUUCUCAGGCCACACCAGAUCAAAAACAUCUGAAGUUGAAGCCAGGCAGCAAAGUUGUACUGAAAAGCCCUCCUCCAUGUGGGUGAACUCCCUUCUUGAGUCUGAUAAAUACCAGGCAGAGAUGGAUAAGUCCACCAGGAGCUUUCUGAGCCAACAGAGGGCAUUUUUCUCUCAAUCUGGAACUGGAGAAAAUAGGCAAAUCCAAAGGCCAGGCAUUCAGGUGCCAGCUCCAGAGAGGUCAGACCCCAUGAUAGUCUACGAUCAGGCUCUGCAACAGGACAGGAGGCUGGUCAGCAAGCUGGACCUGGAGGAAAAGAAACGCAAGGAAGCCAGAGAGAAAGGUUACUAUUAUGAAUUAGAUGACUCUUAUGAUGAGAACGAUGAGGAGGAUGUCCGAGCCCAUCUGAGAAGAGUUGCUCAACGACCUCCUCUCAAACUAGAUACAUCUAAAGAGAAGAUGGAGUUUCUGGGUUUGUUUGGACUGAGCACUGUCUCUAAGUGUGAUGAGCUGCUGGAGAUGAAGAGGAAGAAAAGGAAGAAAAUGAUGCAGGAGAGAGUCCCUUCACCUACAACAGUGCAGAACAAACGGAAGACUCCUCCUCCUCCUCAGCCUCCUCUCACCACACGCUACACCCCAGAGGAGAUGGACAACACUGCUGAACUGGAGGACAAGAAGCAUUUCCUCAGUAUCUUCAGUCUGGACCAUGUCAGUCUGGAGAAAAGAAAAAAAAACGAGAAGAUCAUGGACUUGUUGGAAGCUAUCAAACAAAAAAACAUAAAUCUGGACACCCUCAGAGAUGCCUCAGACACAACCUGCUCCAGUCCGUCUACUUCAGUGUCCGCUGUCUCACAACUCAAUCAGUCAGUCAGUAAUGAUCACCAUGAACCCCUCAAUCCCUCCCUCGAAAAUCCUCAACCUCUAGACCUCCCACCACUGGCUCCUCUCCACACCCAAGGCCAAUCCAAAGAGGCUUCUCCCAUCAGAGGGACACCCAGCCUGAAGGCCAGUGCUCAGCUACCCCUAACCAGACCCAAGGAUCGCCCACCCGGGCUGAACGGAUUAAACGGCAGACACAAAGUCUGGGAGAAUAUAAACCCUGAGGAGUUUGCUCAACACUUCCAUCAGUCUGUACUGCAGUCUACCCAAACAACUCAACAUAAACAAAAAGGUACCACUUUAGGAGCGAAUAAGCAGUUUGACACAUCUAAGUAUCACCCUCCUGACCUACAAAGUGCAGUAAACAAGGUCCCUCAUGUAGAGCCCAAUGGCCACUUCUCCCGUAUCUCACCCUACCGAGAAUCUCCAGGGGUGAGGCAUGAGCUUUCAGCUGGGGAGGACAUCAUUGAGGGUGAAGAUGGUGCUGAUGAGACAUUCAGUUCAAGAUGGAAAGGGAUUGAGUCAAUAUUUGAGGCAUAUCAGGAGUACAUAGAGGAGAGAAGUGUAGAGCAUCAGGUCCUUCAUAGUGAGUGUAGACGUCUUGAGACACAGCAUUACAAUCUCACUCUCACAGCUGAGCAGCUUUCUCAGAGCAUGAGGGAGCUCUUGGUACAAAAGCACAAUCUGGCAGUCAAGAGAGAUCAUAUGCAGGCCGAACUGGAGCACUUGAAGGAAUGUUUGGCACUGCCACUGUUACACUGGCACAGAGAGUACUACAAGAGGCCUUCGCCGAGGUGACCUUACUCACUCUUUUAAAGUGAAUACACCUCACUCCAUCUGAACCUGAAGACUGCAAUAUACUGAGCACUGCGGUAGAAUCUGAAGAAAUCAAUGUGGCCUCAUUUUACGAGAUCUUCAAUGACUUAAUGUUUGAUUUCAGCUUUGGGCAUGAGGAAGAUAAGACAAAGCCAUUGGCCACAUUCUGGUGCCAAUGUCUGAUGCCUCACUGUGACAUUCUGCACUACAAACCCUACCACUAUAUACAGAAUAUAACCCUGAACAAAACAAAUAUUUACAGCUAUCUAAAGACUAUGAUAUAUAUAUCCAGUGCUUGACAUACAUUAUAUGGACUAAAUCUAAUGGAGGAUAUUUAAAAGACUAAUGUCAAGAGGUGCAGAAAAACAAUCCAGAGAUGGCUAGAGAUGAAUACACAUUUGAAUUAGCUGUUUUGCCUGCAAAAAGCUCUGAGAAUGCACUUCAAACUUAUUAAGGCGUCUCAUGCCCAAUGGGUACACCACUGUUGGACUAAGGGAGGGAAGACAUGCUCAAAAAUGUUUAGUUAAAUAUAUUAUUAUAUUUAUACCAUUUUAUUAUUAUGUAAAAUAUUGUCAAAAUCAUAUUUUAUAUGCUUUCAUUAUUAAUGAUUAAUUAUAAAAGGCCUGUAAUUUGAAAUAUAAACAUUUGAAUGUUUUGACAGGAAACUGCUGGUCAGAAUGUGGAAAACAUGAGGGUAAUUUUAGAGUCCUCUUUUAAAAACCUAAUAGGUCUGCAAGAUGAUCAUUGAUAGAUAUUUGGGGAACACAUUGAUUUUGUUGUAGAUUUAUAAAUUGUGUAAGAAUGUCUUGAAAGUGAUUAUGUUGUCUUUUAAAGGUGCACUUAUUUUGCAUUUUUAUGUUGCGCUGACAUCUAGUGGCAUAGAGUCAGCAUCACAUUUUAAAACAAUUUCUCAGUUACUGAUGCCAAGUUGUAAAUGUGCUAUUAACAAGCUGCCACGGUUAUGUUAUUUUGUCAAUGAAAGCAUCCAGUGACAGAGGAUUAUUGAGCUAAAGCAUGUAAUAUUCAACAUGGUGGCACUCAUGAAUAUGCACCCAGCACCACAUGUAGAAUAAAUCAACUUUAUCUCUGUAGUUAAUAUUGCAAGUAAAUAAUAUUUAAAACAAGAAUUAAGUAUGGAAAUAGGUUUUUGUAGGAAAUGGAAAUGAACUUGAACAGCCAUUAAUGGUUGUUCCAAAAAAAAAAUGAAAUGUUUUUAGUUGUAAUUUUUUGUGAAAUGAAAAAUAAGUUAAUAUAUUACUUAAAUAAAUAAAAAAAUAUUUAUAGAUACAUUGAUGUAAUUCCUGGAAAAAAUGAGUAAUGUCUUGCCAUAUUUUCUCUAUGAACGAGCAAAGUUUGUGGACGUAAUGGUUAUGAUUCAUCCACAAGGGUAACAAGAUCUUUCAGAUGUUGUUUGACCAUGUUGCAAUACAACAAA